UUUGUUUUGCGGGAAAGAAAUUCAGCUGAUUCGCAAAAAAACAUCACAAGCAGCUGGCGCGCAAACUUAUCGUUUGCUACUUUUGCGUAUUCAUUUACUAUGUUUUGAGUGUUCUUUUGCAAAUUGUAUGUAUACAAAUAGCUAAUAGCUUACAUUUUCAUCUUGGAACGAUCAAUCAUCAUGAGGUCUGCUCUCCUCCACACAGUAAGAAGAGCCAAAUGGCGAAGAUGCUCAAAGUUGUGCAACACGAGCUUGUUGGGAUGGGUCCAUCAAAAGAUGCACAGAAAUCUAAAGCAACGGACAGUCCUAUUUUCCCAAAUGUUUCUACCAUUGAGAAAGCCAGUUUCCUCGACGAGUGCGAUACUUAUGGUAACCCACUGCACAGCACUGCCCUUGAGGAUGAUUUCAGCCCAAACUUGGCUCAAAACAAAGAGGAAGCGGCAAAAGAGGGGGCAGCUAAGGGAAGAUGGGGCCCAUCCAAAAAGGUUAAUAGUGCGACCCCAAAAAGACCCACACCGGCUGGGAGAGGUCAGACCAAACGGAGAGCUAGCAAAGUGGUCCAGCCAAAGGGUUCUCCCCAACAGAAAAAGGUCAAACCAAAAGCCAGGCCCCAAAAAGAGAUUGCAGAAGGGAUAGGUGAAGAGGAUUUAACAGAAGCUCAGAGAGGGUCUUCUGCCCCACAGAAAAAGGCACCUGCGCCCCAGAAAAAGGCACUGGUCAGAAAGGAACAGGACACAGAAGCAGAUGACUCGAGGUCAUCGGGCGAGGAGGAGGAGGAAAUUGAGGUGUCUGCUCCGGGCUCCAGUCCUCGACCUGUUCAUAGGAAACGUAGAACCUCCCUGUCUUCAGAGGAUCUGACGAAUGAGGACAUUAGUUGGAAUCCAAGUCAGAAGAAGGCCAGACUAGAUGAUGUUGGAAAGCAAAGGAAGUCCUCAGUUGAGAGGAGGAGUUUGCAGGGAUCGAGGAGUUCGCAGGGUCCGAGGAGGAGUUUGCAGGGGUCGUGGAGGAAGUCAUCCUCAGGAAGUGCCAGCCCUUCUAAAAGAGAUGAGCAGAGACGAAGGAAUGUAAAAAAUCCCACUGAUCUUGAUGUGGUGUUGGACUCAUUUUUGGAAUUCGUGUCAGAGUAUAUGGAUGCAGUGGAUUCUAAUGCAGUAUUGCUGGCUAUAGAUGCUCUCUCAAGCUCUUUUGAAGAUCAACUCACAGAGAAGAUAACUGCUUCAAAGGAGCUAAAAUUCCUGAAAAGGGAAAACGCAAAGAUGAACGCUGCCAUUAACCGUAAGAGAGCCAGGCUGCUCGAGGCCAAAAAUGAACUUAUAAGGAGUGAGGCCCAAUUGAGGGCCCUGCAGAAGGACCAGGCUCGACUGGAGCAGAGGCUAACAGACAUACGGAAGGGAACCACCUUCCUGAAAGAUCUGGGUCACCUGCACAAGAGCUACCUAGACCAUAGAAAAGCCCACCCUAACCAGGCGGAGGAGUAUGGCCCCUCCAGUCUACCAGCUCUUCUCCUGGAAGCCCGUGAUGUGCUGGGGACUGAGGAUCAGCUGAAGACUGUCAACGAGAGGCUGCAACAGGCUCUGGACAGAGUGGCUCACAACAAGUGAGCUCCAAGUUGCAAACUAAAUGGUGUAAAUUAA